UAUCUUGAAUGAAUAGCUGAAGCAGUUCUAGUUUCCUGCUUUCAUAGACAAAAGGGUGAAGGGUUUCCAUUAUCCUACAUGAAAUUCUUCACAAUUCGGCUUGAAGAUUUGAAAGCAUGCAGAACAGAAGUUGUGAGCAGCCUGACCCUCUCUCUGUAACCAUGAAAGAGCCUCAUCCUUUCGAGAAAAGCUCUUAUGCUAGAAACUAUGAAAACAAUUCUGAGGAUUCAUCAUCUUAUGAACUCUUUUAUGAUUCCCUAUCAGAUAUACAAGAUGGGGAAUUUUCAAAUGAGCUAUCUGCCUUUCUUAGUGAAGAUGAGAUAAACAAAAGCCUUGAACUUGCUCACCAAUCUAUUGAUCCUGUUGAUAAAGAAGUUAAGCAAGAUUACACUUAUUUUAACACUUUUCCCAGCUCACCAGAGAAUGGCUCUUCUGGGCAAGUCAAAGCACAUGACAGAGAUGCUUCCAAGAGAAAUUAUGCAGCCAGCUCCACUUCCUUGCGGCCUUCAUCUCAAAUUCCCACAGAGCAGCAGGACCAGAAUUCAUAUCCUCAAGAAAAAAACAAUAUUCUAAAUGUCACUAGUAACCAAGCAAGUGCCUCUCCCCUGCUGCCUGCAAGACCCAGCUUUAUUCGAAGUCUCAAGAAUGCUGAAAGGAGUGGUUUAAAUGCACAAAAGGUGAGCCCCAAAUCUAAAUCAGUUUUGGCAAGUAAUGUUCCCUUCAAGAAUAAGCUGUGUGACAAAGCUGCCACUUUGAUUGAAGAACUGUCUUCUAUCUUUCGUGAAGCAGCCAAGAUGAGAGGUGGGAGUCCAGAUGGAAAUUCUUCUUCUCCAGAUAGUGGAUAUCUUUCUCCUAAAAGCAAGCAAUUAGCUUUGUCAAAUUCCUUAAGGAAUCCAGUUCUUGAGGAAACAAGCUUAGAAAUCACACCAAAAAAUGAGAUCCCAGAAGUCAUGCAGGGUAGGGAAUGUGUGCUGCAAAGGAUAGAAGGCUCUCAGAUUAGUCAGACUGUAUCUCAGAACCAGGUUGCAAAAGAAAGUCAGAAUCAAUUAUCACCCCCUCGAUUUAUCCAGAAACUGAGAAGUCAAGAAGUUCCUGAAGGAAGCAAGGUUCUACUUCAGUGCAGGGUUGCUGGAAACCCAGUACCUCAGGUCAGGUGGUUCUGUGAAGGUAAAGAACUGCAAAAUUCUCCUGAUGUUCAGAUCUGUUCUGAAAGUGGAGGACUCCAGACACUCAUUAUAGCAGAAGCUUUUGAGGACGACACAGGGCGCUACUGUUGCCUGGCCUCCAAUUCUCUUGGCUCCAGUUCUACUUCAGCAGAAUUAUUUGUUGAAGGUGCCAGUUCCUCUGAUUCUGAUAGUGAACAUUUCAGAUCAAAAUCUGGAGCCAUGCCCCAGGCUCAGAAGAAAAGCACUUCUGUUUCCUUAACAAUUGGAUCGUCAGCUCCAAAGUCUGGAAUUACUACAGCGGUAAUCCAGCCUAUCUCUGUGCCUAGUCAGCAGGUCCAAAGUCCUACUUCAUACCUCUGCAGAUUAGAUGGAUCAAAGCCUAGCCAUGCUGCACCUAUUUUUACAAAGGAGCUUCAAAAUUCAACGGCAAGUGAAGGACAAGUAGUUGUACUUGAGUGUAGAGUAAGAGGAGCACCUCCUUUGCAUGUUCUUUGGUUUCGUCAAGGGGUUGAAAUUCACGAUUCCCCAGACUUCCGAAUUCUUCAGAAAAAGCCACGUUCUGCUGCAGAACCUGAGGAGAUAUGUACUUUGGUGAUUGCAGAGACUUUUCCUGAAGAUGCAGGGACCUUUGCAUGUACAGCAAGCAAUGAUUAUGGAUCAGUUACAAGCACUGCCAAACUGACUGUGCUGUCAGCCAGUUCUGAAAUCUCCAACCAUGAUUUGUCAAUGAGAGAACAGAAUGAGGAUGGUUUUCAACAUUUCCCACCUCCACCUUCACAUCUUGAGAUUAGUUCUGUUGAGCUUCUUCCAAAGCAUUCAGAGAGCUCCGAGAUCAGUCAUAUGAGGUCAAGUGUAGCAGCUUUUGAAUUACAGCUUAACUCUGUGGAGAAGAAAACCAGUGGAACUCACCCUACCCAUGGAGUCAAUGGGAUUGUUAAUGGCAACACCAAAACUGAUAAAUCUCCUCACCCUGGUGGCUUGCUUUCACCCACAAAAACACCACCGCCUGUGCUUGCUAAACCAAAGCUGGAUCCCCUAAGAAUUCAGCAGCUGCAGAACCAAAUCCGGCUAGAAAAAGAAGCAGACCAGUGGUGUCAUCAGAAACAAGCUAGCUUCCUCCAGAAUCUUCCCUUGUCCCCAACUUUCCUCCCUCCACCUUCAUUCCAAGAACUUGAGCCCAGCCACUCUCCUGCUUCUCCUGUUCAAAUGAACGUUCUCAAUUCUCAUUCUGCUCCUGCCAUGCAGACAUCCAGUUCUUUCAACUAUGCCCGUCCUAAACAAUUUAUUGCUGCACAAAAUAUUAGCCCUGCUUCAAGCUAUGUAACACCGUCAUCUGGCUCUUCCACAUCUAGUCUCCCAUCCCCAAUGUCUCCCACUGCUUCUCAGAAGCAAUUUGGUAAAACAUCUGCCCCCGCUUUCUCUCAGCCAUUUGCUCCUGAGGGGGAGUACCCUUGGUCUCCUUCCCCGCCUCUUCCCCCUCCUCCUCCCCCUGUUUUUAGUCCUACAUCUACUUUUUCAGUGGCAGAUUCCUUUCCACUGCCACCUCCACCUCCACCUCCACUCCCAACUUCUGUCCCCUCACCCUCCCGCAGUUUUUCUCCAACAUCCAGAUUGUCCAGCUCUAGUCAGUCUCCAGCAGCCUUCCUCAGCUCCAUGCUACCAUCUCAACCACCUCCAAUGUCAGUUAAUGCACUCGGACUUCCCAAAGGUGUUACACCACCGGGAUUUCCAAAGAAAACAGGCAGAGCUGCCAGGAUUGCAUCUGAUGAGGAAAUUCAGGGCACAAAAGAUGCUGUUAUCCAGGACCUGGAAAGAAAGCUUCGCUUCAAGGAAGAUCUCUUGAACAAUGGCCAACCAAAAUUAACAUAUGAGGAGAAGAUGGCUCGUCGACUGUUAGGGGCUGACAGUGCUGCAACAGUCUUCAAUAUUCAAGAACCAGAAGAGGAACUUGCAGAACAGGGAACUGGUUCUGUUGAUGCUUCUAUAGUGAUUCAUGAGGCUGUGCAAAAGGAAUAUAAAGUCUCCAGUUUUGAGCAGAGACUGAUCAGUGAGAUUGAAUUUAGAUUGGAAAGAUCUCCAGUAGAAGAGUCUGAUGAUGAAGAGGAACAUGGGAAAGAUAUCCCUGAUAACAGCCUGGCCCCGUAUUUUGAGGUGAAACUUAAACACUACAAAAUAUUUGAAGGAAUGCCGGUCACCUUUAUAUGCAGAGUGUCUGGAAAUCCUAACCCAAAGAUCUAUUGGUUCAAGGAUGGAAAGCAAAUCUCUAAAAGAAAUGAACACUACAGGAUGCAAAGAGAACCUGAUGGGACCUGCUCUCUCCACACCACUGCCUCCACCCUGGAUGAUGAUGGCAAUUAUACUAUCAUGGCUGCCAAUCCACAGGGCAGAAUAAGCUGUACAGGAAGGUUGAUGGUCCAAGCUGUCAAUCAGAGAGGACGCAGUCCCCGGACACCUCCUAGCCAGCCUCAUGUCAGAAGACCUCGGUCUCGAUCAAGGGAUAGUGGAGAUGAAAAUGAACCAAUCCAGGAACGCUUCUUCCGACCACAUUUCCUACAGGCUCCAGGAGAUCUGAUGGUUCAAGAAGGAAAACUUUGUAGAAUGGAUUGCAAGGUCAGUGGCUUGCCAACUCCCGACAUCAACUGGCAACUUAAUGGAAGAGUAAUACGUUCUGAUAAUUCCCACAAAAUGCUUGUACGGGAAAAUGGUAUACACUCCUUAAUCAUAGAGCCAGUCACAGCAAGAGAUGCUGGUAUCUAUACAUGUGUUGCCACUAAUCGAGCUGGCCAGAACACCUUCAGCCUGGAACUGAUUGUGACAGCUAAGGAUGCACACAAGCCACCUGUAUUUGUAGAAAAACUACAGAAUACAGGAGUGGCUGAGAGGUAUCCUGUGCGACUGGAAUGCCGGGUUUCAGGUGUGCCUCCACCUCAGAUUUUCUGGAAGAAGGAAAAUGAGUCGCUCACAUACAACACUGACAGAGUGAGCAUGCACCAAGAUAAUCAUGGAUACAUCUGCCUGCUUAUUCAGGGAGCUACAAAAGAAGAUGCUGGUUGGUACACUGUAUCAGCGAAGAAUGAAGCUGGGAUUGUUUCCUGCACAGCAAGGCUGGAUGUCUAUGCUCAGUGGCAACAACAGUCCCAAACCACUAAGCCAAAGAAAGUGCGCCCCUCAGCCAGUCGGUAUGCAGCACUUUCUGACCAAGGACUAGACAUCAAAGCUGCAUUUCAGCCAGAAGCAAACCCAGGACAUCUGACAAUGCAAUCCGGAUUGGUAGAAAGUGAUGAUCUUUAAGUAUUAACCACCAAAUAUAACAUUUCCUUUCAAAUUGAAAACACUGAAAGCCAUUGUAUCGACCAAUGAUAAUCUAUGCCACUGUACACAAAAGAAAGUCACUGCUGUGUGCAAAAGAUAAAGAACACAGCCACAUCUUUCUUGUUCAGUGUAACAAAUUAGAGUUUGUAGAGAGAAAUGCAAUCAGCAUAUACAAAAUCACCUUCACUAUAACCAUUUCUUACUACAGUGUGGAUAGUACUGUUUUGAAUAAUCCUAUUCACAAGUGCUAAAUUGAGUGAAAUUUUGCAAAAGCAAAUACGCUGCACACUUACCACUAAGUGCCUUUGCAGUCUGUAGUGCUAUUGAAGCGUAAUGGAUAGAAAUGCACUGCAAAAAUUUAUAUGGAGUGCAUUACGAUAAUGAUAGUCCAGGUGUGCGAUACUGAAGGAAUAAAGCAAGAUGGAAAAAGGAAGAGAAAUCAGUGACAUUUUUGUGUCUAUAAUUGACUAUCCAUUCUCAAAGGAUAUAGGAUACGUUAUAUUUGUCUUAAUUGUAUUUAGUGUAGGUAAGUUAACUUUGUAAUGGAAGGCUUUUGACUUUUGCCCAUGGAUGUGAUGCUUAGAUUCAUGUUACUUUUAGAACAGUGAGGUAAGAUAACACAAAAGCCAGAAUAUAUAUGAGCAAAACCACAAUGCUUUUUAAAACAGUAUUGGAGAUCUGAUUGAGCAGAAUCUAUGUGAUACAAAGGAAGAUAAUUAGGAGUCUAGAGUAAGUGGAAAAUGGAAGGAGUCAGCAACAAGGGUUUAAAUAAUUUGCAUACCAUAGAGAAUAGAUGACUAGAUGUUGGGGAAUACAAGGAAAUGUUACAUUUUAAACACUGCAUGCAUGUAUUCUAGGGAUUACAUUUUUGUGUUCUUGCUUAUUGCAGCAUGAACAAGAACCUGCCUAUAGCUGGGAGCUUGUGAAGAACUUAAAAAUAGUUAACAGGCCAGAAAGUUGGCUAUUUUUUUCCAUCUGAUUGAACUUCACUUAAAUUAUAUUAAGCAGUUUGGAUUAAAAGUGAACUCAACUGAGAGGGAGUUUCAGUUAGAUCUGCCAGAAAAAAAUGUGGUCUGAUGGUACCAUAGUACUUUGCUACAAAAGGAAAACACUGUAUUCCUUAUAUGAAGCACAUUUAUAGUACUUUAUUUAUAAUUAAAAAUCUGAAUCUUUUUCUCAGCUCAGUUAUUCAAGUACCACACUUUUGUAAAAAAAAAAAAAAAAAAGUUUUUUAGUAUGUACCAUGCCCUAUAUUUUGCAUUAACUGCUAUUCCUGUAUUGCUUUGCCCUUCCUUAUUAAGUACACCAUUCAGAUUUUUAGUGGCUAAUAAAAACUUCUACCACAAAAGUUACUUUUCUAUGCAAGCUGUGCAGAUGGUAACAAUUCAGUAAUAGGAAUUUGACUUUUUUGUGCUGUCAUAUAUAACUGUCCUAAUUGUCUAGUUCUAGGCAAUUGAAUCCUAUCAUUCACUUGCCUAGUUGUCAAUGUGACUUGUUUAGCUUAGUUACAAUUUGUUUAGCUUAACUAGUAGCAAUUUGCUUCUUUUUAUUUGUAUUUAUAAAACUGUACAAGCAUACUAUUUUGGAUUGUUGAUCUAGUAUCUUAAGGGUUUGACAUCAAUAAAUAUUACACAAAUUUAAGAAAAAUGUGUUUUUCUUGGUUAAAAGACCAAUACAUUCUUAAUGAGGCCUCAAAGAAUAAAACAGGCCUGUACUUCUA